GCCACAUCAUUGCCGUCUGCUCAAUGGAUUUCUCUGUCCGAACGCUCGGCUGCCAGCCUCCCUGCUUAUCUCCGGUGGUAAAAAGAAAUCAUGAAGCCUCUGUGUAACGGGACUGCAGUUCUUUGUAGAUAGGGAUAUACUUUCAGCAAAACUGCGGUUGAAAGGGAACGGACUUCGGGUGUUGGUUUUCGCGUCGAAUUUAAGGAUUAUCUGUGAUGAUUUUGCAAACCUUACCAGGCGAUCUUCACAUGACAGCGGCUGCGGGAGUGAUAAAGACAGCGACAUAAAUUUCGCGCAUUGGGAAAUAGCCGGAUGAUACGAUGCGGGUGAAACAACAGCUGAUAUUUCUGUCUGCCCAGGAAACCUAGAUUAUACGAAUGACUUCAUUCUUACAUUAUUGCAUCAGGGUUUCCAUGGAAGAAUGGAAACGCAAAGGCAGCGUAACCACGCUAGAGCUGCUCUCGGACAAGAACACAUUUAUCAUCCAUGUGAACGUUUUGCUUCAUUUUUGAAAACAGAGCGCUGCUGUGUUUAAACUUGCCUCUACGAUAUUUUUUUAAUUCAACGCCUUUGGACUGUCUGUAUUAUUACAAUCUGUAGCUAUGUACAAGGUUGUAAAGAUGCGUUGCUUGGCCCGUGCUGGUUGCUGGCGUAUCCCCAUCCGCAGGGUGCAGCGAUGAUUUUUUUUUUUUCCUGCGGGAAUAUAGUAACGCUGCUGCUCAUUUAAACGUUUACGUUGUGUUGUAAUAUGCUAUAUAUUAUCUAGUUAAUUAUUUUUGGUUUUAUUUAUGUAUUUAUUUUUUUAAUUGCUGGUAAAUCUUGAUUGCCAUGCAUCUUGCACUGAAAAAAAUAGAGGAAGAAAUUGCACAUGGAAGGGACAUAGGCAAUGACAUAGUUAAUUUUAUGAAUUAAGUUGAUAUAUUAAAUUAUAAAAAUCAGUGUAAAGACUUUCUCUCGGUACCUUAAAAAUAAUAUAUUUUUAGAAACCGUAACCUGUGGACCAGACACUUUAUCUUAUUGCACAUUCCUUGGAAAGCCUACCUUGGGUGGGAAUCCAUCUUUGACUGAAGCUGAGCGGGUCAACCCUGAUGUUAGACGCGAAGAUGAAGGAAGUGUGCAGGAUCUGCGCCCGAGAGCUGUGCGGGAACCAGCGGCGCUGGAUCUUCCACCCGGCCUCCAAGCUCAACCUGCAGGUGCUGCUGUCCCACGCGCUGGGCCGGGAGCUGACCCGCGACGGCAAGGGCGAGUUCGCCUGCAGCAAGUGCGCCUUCAUGCUGGAGCGCAUGUACCGCUUCGACACCGUCAUCGCACGCGUGGAGGCGCUCUCCAUCGAGCGGCUGCAGAAGCUGCUGCUGGAGAAGGACCGGCUCAGGCAGUGCAUCGGCGGCCUGUACCGCAAAGCCAACGCCGAGGAGCCGGGACCGGGGGGCGGGGCCGGAGCUGACGGCAAGGCCAGGGAGUGCACGGUGGACAUCUCCGGCCUGCACGACGUCAAGUACAACGCCCUGCUCCAAGAGGACUUCGCCUACUCGGUGUACGAGUCCUGGGCCGAGCACGAGGACCAGGUGGUGGAGUCGCAGCAGCAGCACCACCACUGCCAUGCAUCCGAGUUCUCCACACAGCGCUCCCGGAGGUGCCGGGGGUGCGCCGCGCUGCGUGUGGCCGACUCAGACUAUGAGGCUGUCUGCAGGGUGCCCCGGAAGCUGGCCAGGAGCACCUCCUGCGGGCCGUCCACCAGGUACUCCGCCAGCGUGCUGGGCAGCGCCUGCAGCGAGGAGCCCUCUGCCGCCGCCACACUCGUACCCGAGUCCCUUCCUGCCACAUCCGAGAGCGACAGGACCCUGGUGGACGCCGAUCUGGAGAGGAUGAGCGCCGGCUCGUCCGUGGAGUCCCUGGACGCCGGCGGCGAUGUCGGGCAGCCCGCCGUGAAAGAGGAGGAGGAGGAGGAGGACAGAGACGCGAGGGAGGACCAGCGGUCGGAGUCCCUGUCGGAGGAGCAGACCUGCCUGCAGGGGAAGCUGGAGCUGGCCCUCAGCCUGGUGAAGAGCUGCGAGUACAGGCCCGUGCCCAGCCCGCGCGGCAGCAGGCUCCCCGUCCGCGUCAAACCCGUCUCCCCCGGGAGCAACAGCAGCAGGACGGCCUUCUCGGACCUGAGCCUCAGGGCCCCUUACGGCAGGGGGUGCGAGUCAUCCACCUGCUACCCGGAGCUGGUGCCGCCCCAGCCCCAGCCCAACGUGCAGCUGGAGCUGGCUGAGCUGGAGGAGAUGUGGCAGGAUGUCUAUGUGGAGUACAGGCCCUUUCGCUUCCAGAAGAACCUGAUCGAGGAGCAGCAGGCCCAGCUGAACCAGUAUGAGUGCGCAGCGGGCCAGUGUGUCAGCGAGCUGCAGAAGGCCCAGCUCCAGGUGCAGUCCCUGCAGGCCAAGAUCCAAGAGAGCGAGGCCAACAACAAGAAGCUGCAGGAGAAGCUGUUUGAGAUGGAGUCCGAGCUGCGCAGCAUCAGGCAGGCUGCGCAAAAGAAGGAGCGCACCAUACAGAGCCUGAGUGACACGGUCAGCACCAAGGACACUGAGGCCGAGGAGCUGUACCGUGUCAUCGAAGGACAGAACGACAUGCUGUGCAAAUUGAAAGAGAUUGCGCAUCACAACCAGCUGCAGACCCUGCAGGUGUCGAAGGGGGAGCCCACGCAGCUGCAUUCGGAGCUCCUGGCUCUGCAGAGCUCCCUCUUCUCCACCCAGCUGGAGCUGCAGGGCAGCCAGAGGGCCCACCAGCGGAGCCAGCGCCAAGCCGCCGACCUCGCCCGCGCCCGAGACCGCCUCCAGGGCGACCUGCAGGGGGCGCUGCAGCACGGGGAGGUCACCGAGAAGCACAACCAGGAGCUCCGCGGUCAGCUGCAGGAGGCUCGCUCCGCCCUGGAGCUGAAGGAGAGCCAGCUGAAGGAGAAGGAGGGGCAGAGGCAGGCAGAGGCGGAGACACGAGACAAGAGCAUCCAACAGCUGAGGCUCUCCCUGCGGGAGAAAGAGCAGCUGGUGCAGGAGUACUCCGAGCUCCUGGACCAGCAGCGGGACCCCAGUCACACCCAAGACACCCUGCUGGACAAGUUGAAGAACCGCAUCAAGGACAGAGACAAAGCCCUGGAGCGUGCCAUCGAUGACAAGUUCCGCUGUCUGGAGGAGAAGGAGGGGGACAUACGGAGGCUGCAGCUGGCCCUCAGGGAGAAGGAGAAGGACCUGGAGAAACUGCGCUACGUUCUGUCCAACAACGAGGAGACCAUCACGCACCUGGACAGCCUGGUGCGCAGUAAGGAGCUGCAGCUGGAGCAGGUGUCGGAGGCCAGCAGGAACCUGCAGCGGCUGAAGAAGGAGGCGGAGGAGAGGCUGGGCCGCAGCCUGAGGGAGAGAGAGGCCCUCAUCAGCCAGCUGCAGGGCUCUCUGCAGGCACGCUCCAAGGAGGCCGAGGAGCUGAGGGCCGCUCUGAUCAGUAAGGUGUCAGUGGGUGGCAGUGAGCUUGUGGAGGAGAUGAAGGGUCGUCUGCAGCUGAAGGAGCGCCUGUUCCAGGAGGUUCUGUCUGACCGCAGUAGGCAGGCCCAGGAGCACCAGAGCGAGGUCCAGCAGCUGCUGCACACCAUCAGCACCAGAGACCAGUACAUCAAGGACUCUGCAGGCCGGCUGGGUCAGGUGAUCAGUGAGCAGGCGGACAGCCUGCAGGAGCUGCGCAGACAGUUGGUGUCCAGGGAGCGCGAGGUACGGGAGCUACGCAGGGAGAAGGAGCAGCAGGGCUGGGACCCGCGGCACGAGAUCAGCCGCCUCCAGAGCCAGCUGAAGCAGAAGGAGGCCUUCAUCCAGGAGCUGAUGAAGGACAGCCAGGAGGAGCCAAUGAUUACAUCCGGGGCGGGAGAGGCAGCAGUGGGCAGGGUGAAAAAGGGGCAGUGUGACAGUGGCUUGCAGGGGGAUAUCCAGACUGUGCAGGAGGAGCUGCAGCUGCUUCUGAGGAAGGAGAAGGAGGCCCAGAUGGAACUCUCCACGCUGCGCUCUGCCCUGGCGAAGGACAAGGAGGAGAUGCAGACCCAGGCCGCUGAACUGGAGGCCCUGACACGAAGUGGACAUAGCAAGGAGCAGCUCAUCAAGGACCUCCAGAGGCAACUGGUGGAGCCCUCUGGUUUGUCUCUGGUGGAGAGACUGACCCAGGAGCUACAAGAGCUGAGAGAGAGUGUUAUUCAGCAGGACCCCACCAGUCCUGACCAUCAGAGUAUUUUGGCGCAGCUGGUUUCAGACUACUAUAGGCUGAACGAUGCUGUGAAAACAGAAAAACAGCUGUAUCACAGCCUGACUCAGAUCCACUCAUGCAGAGACAGCUCCGAGAAGACUCGGAAACUGCAGACGGAGCUGGAUAAAGUUCAGGCAUUGCGGGGACAGCUGGAGGAGGUCCUGACAAAGGCCCGGGACUCUGCCCUAGCGCCGCAAAGAGCAGCGAAGAUACAGCCUGAUUUUGGAGGUGGGAAACAACAGAGUUUCAGGCUCCAUCCGCAACAGGCCUCCUGGGCUGUAGGGGGCGCAGGGCUCAGCACGGAGGAGGAAGAUGACGAUGAUGAUGGCAGCAGUGAAUACACAGACAGCAUUGAGGAAGAAGAAAACUCUAAACUGACAGCUCGAACCCUGGCCACCUCACAGAAUGCUGGGAUCACCUGUGACAAGGAAGAUGGAGGACUUAUGAGCAGGAUGCUAUCCCAGGAUGCAACAGUGGAUGCUCAGGGCCUGGUGAAGGUGCAGCAGCUGCUGGAGCAGAAGAGGGUGGUGGAGCGGGAACUGAGGGAGCUAAAGGCCCAGCUGGAGAAGGCUGGUUACACCUCCCUCUCUCAGAUGAGGACCGCGCUGCUCAGCCUGCGGAUGGAGAACGACGAGCUGAACGAGCAGGAGGGUCAGGUGACGUCGACAAGGCGGGAGAAGGGCGAGACGGGCAGGCUGAGCAAGGAGGGUCACCAGCAGGGGAGCAACAUCCCUGAGGAGGAAGAAGAGGAGGAGGAAGAUGGCAGGUUCGCGGCGGUUCUGGCGGAGUCUGGCGAGGAGCUCGGCCUGGCGCAGGGCAAACGCUGCGCCCCCCGUGUGCAGCUGCGAGAGGGCCAGGGCAAGAGGAGGUGCACCCGACCCCACUCUCUGGACCUGGGCGCUCUGCUCUCCCAGCACACCCUCAGCACCUGCACACAGGAGGCAGACUUGGGCGAAAGUGAGGCUGAGGCCAGGGUCUGGCAGUAUGUGGAGGCGGGGCUAAGGGAGAAGACUCUGCAGCUGCGGUCAGACCUGGCGCUGAGUCGGCAGGAGAGCCGUGACCUCCAGGAGAGGCUGAUGGUGUCAGAGGCCACAGUGCAGGCCCAGGCGGAGCAGCUAAAGGACUACAGAGAGCUGCUCACGGAGACAUCCGUGCAGCAGGACAGUAAGCAAGUUCAGGUGGACCUGCAGGACCUGGGGUAUGAGACCUGUGGCCGCAGUGAGAACGAGGCUGAGAGGGACGACACCAGCAGCCCAGAGUUUGAUGAUCUCGAGAUGUGCACGUCCCUGUCCAGGCGGGACUGCGGGUCAGAGUGGUGGGCAGGGAAUUCUGGGAAGGGCGGGGACGUGGCGUCCCUGCAGCAGCUUGUGGAGGACCUGCGCGCCCAGCUGUCGCGCUCGCAGGUGGUGAUCCGCAACCUGCAGGGCCAGGUGCGCUCCCUCUCCUCCUCCAGCCUGGAGCGGCCCCGCAAGCUCAACUGGGCCUUCCAGGCCUCGCCCGCCCUCAGCGGCCCGGAGGAGGACGAGGGCUGGCAGUCGGACGGGCUGGGCCCCCCGGAGCCCGGGCGCAGCCAGGAGCUGCGGGAGCUGGUGUCCCGCGUGGCGUCCCUGGAGGACCAGCUGAAAAACUCCAAGCUGGACGGCAAGGCGGGAGCCGAGGACACCAGGUCUGCCACCUGGCCAGGGAAGUUCAACUCCCUGAUCCAGGCGCAGGCGCGGGAGCUGUCGCACCUGCGGCAGAGAAUGCGCGAGGGGCGGGGCGUGUGCCACAUCCUGACGCAGCACCUGGGCGACACCACCAAGGCUUUCGAGGAGCUGCUGCGCACCAACGACGUGGACUACUACACCGGCCAGAGCUUCCGCGAGCAGCUGGCGCAAAGCAGCGCCCUGGCCGAGCGGGUCAACGCCAAGAUCAGCGGCCGGGACCACUCUGAACUCCCCGAUGACAAAAUGGGCCAUGAGCUGCUUGCUCUACGGCUUAGCAAAGAGCUCCAGCAGAAAGAUAAGAUCAUCGAGUCCCUUCGCACCAAGCUUAAACAGCAGCGCCCAGACACUCCUUCCAGCAGCCACGCCCUGUCCGAGACCACCGACCAAUCGGACCGCACCUCCUUCGUGUCAGAUGAGCAAGGGUCCACCCAUGAGGACCUGGAGCUGUGUUCGGAUGUGGAUGCAGCCAGCGAGUACACCCCGGAGGAGCGUCCGUGUCCCAGGCAGACCCUCGCAGAUUCACACUGUCACAGUGGCACCACCCCACAGCACUCAUCUGUCCCAUCAUCCACCACUGCAUCACAUGGGGCUCAGUCCUCCAUCGGCUGUCCCAGCAUGCCGUGCACACCGCACAAGCCUGUGGACAAUCAAGGCCUCAGUUCUGGACCCAUGUCCAAUCCCCUCCCCAUGCCCCUGAGUCACGACCGCCCUGACCUCUCAGGUCAGAGGGGGUCCAUGCUCUUUGACCCUCACUCCGCCCUCCUGCGGCCCGGUUACCACGGUGCCGGGGCGUUCUCCUUGGCCGAGGUGCACCAGGAGCUGCAGAUGCUGCAGAGACAGCUGGGAGAGAGCUUUGCUGUCCCUCAUGUCAAGCCUCUGUCCGGCUUCCCCCUGGCUGCCCGCUCCCAGCCGGACCCCGGCAGUUACCUCUCGCUGUCUCAUCACGCCUUCCCCCAGCCUCAGCUCGCCACCACCCCCAAUGCAAGCUCCACUUUGAAGGCGGAUUUAAGUCUGCUGGAGAGCAGUGCAUUGUGGGAUAUGUCUCAUAUUCCACGGCCAAUCAGAACGGGCAUUUAUGGCGAUGUCUCGUCUGGGUCAUCUGGAUAUCAGUCUGGCACCAGCCACACAGGUGCUGAUCUUAUUGAGGAACACCUGAGAGAGAUCCGCAGCUUACGCCAGCGUCUGGAGGACUCCAUCCGAACCAAUGACCGCCUGAGGCAGCAGCUGGAGGAGAGGCUGGCGACCACAGGCAGAGAAGGCGGGGCUCCCACUAACAUCUACAUCCAGGGCCUGGAUUCCGUCAGUCAGCUGUCCAAUGAGAACCGAGCCCUGAAAGAGGAGAACCUGGGCCUUCAGGCCCGACUCGAGCAGGCUAACAGAGACAGCUGCAAGGAGAUGGAGCAGCUGCGGGAGGCGGUGGUGAGUGGCCGGGCGCGGCUGAAGCAGGCGGAGCUGGAGGUGGAGCAGUGGCGGGAGGAGAACAGGAGGCUGCAGGCGCACAGCUGCGAGCAGGCGCAGGAGAUCCAGCAGCUGCGGCAGACCAGCCAGGAGCGCACAAACAGGCUACGGCACGAGGUGCACCUGCUCCAGCAGCAGCUGUCCGAGAGCCGUCAGCUCCUGCACUCCCUGCAGUGCGAGCUGCAGGUGUACGAGCGCGUGUGCGGAGCCGCCAAGAGCCCCCGUACAGCAGGGUAUGGAGCUCAGGAGCCGGAGCUCAGCCAGCUGCUGGUGGAGGUGCGCGGUCUGCGCGUGCAGCUGGAACGCAGUGUGCAGGAGAACAGCUCCCUGCGCACGCAGCUGGAGGAGCAGCUGGGUGGAGGCGUGGCCCGCGGAGAGACCCGCCCCUCCAGCAUCUCCAUCGGUGGCCACCGGGACAGUGGCUGCAGGAAGCAGCUCUUCCACGAUCCUGCGCCCUCUCCACCUGUCCGAGACACUGGGCUCUUCAACCCUGGCUCCUCAUACUCCAUGCUCUCCAAAUCCACAGAACUGAAUGAUCCAGACCUCACAACUAACGACAUCUUGAAGCCGCACGCAGCUUUGGAAGGAGAGGCGCCGGACGGCUCGUUUGCCAGCAAGAAAGGGCGGCACGCCGUGGGUCACGUGGACGACUUCAACGCCCUGCAGCAGCAGAUCCUGGAGGGCAAGGUGCUGGUUCAGAAGAUGGAGGCCGCGCUGCAGUCGUCCCUCAGCUCCGCCCUGCUGGAGGUCGGCUCCGCCAAGGCUGUGGACUACAGCUGUAUGAAGAGCCUCCUGACCAAUGCCAAAACCCUGGGGCAGAUCCUGGACGAGGCCGCCUCCCUCCUCAAGAUGUUCUGGAGGGCAGCCCUUCCCAGCAGUGAGGCCUCCGCCCGGCACCUCAAGAAGGAGCAGUCCAUGAAGGAGGAGAUCCAGCAGCUGAGGCAGAGGAUCACGGAGCAGGAGAGGAUGCUGCAGGACGCCAUUGAGAGGCUGAGGAACACCAACCGCAGCAAGGAAAGCAUGGAACACUUCAUCGUGGGCCAGUUGUCAAGAACACGUGAUGUCCUCAAGAAAGCUCGGACAAACUUGGAGAAGAACGAGUACAAGAUUUCCUCCCUAUGCUCCUCCUCUUCCUCCCCCCGCCUUGGUAAAGGUGAAAUCCCACGAGGUUCCCGUGAACACCCUCCUGAUUGGGGUUUCGUGAGCCCUCGCGGCCUGGGGUCAGCCAUUGGAACCCCCAGCCAGCGGGACUCCAGGAAUCAAGGCGGACCACGCCUCCUUCAGCUUGCCACGUAUUAGCCCACGCGGUUUAGCAUCUUCAGAUCUGUCCGGCACUCGAGUGUUCGCUCAUCCAAAGGGAAAUAGCUGUACAUCUGUUUUCCCCUCGGCAGUCUUCCUCUCCAAACACUGCUCAGAAAUAAUUUCCAGCUGUCUUGACUGUCUUGACUACAACAAUUUCGACUUGCGAGCGUCAAAAGGGAAACGAUUCUGAGAUCACCUCAACGAACCAGUCCUGUUUGCUAAAUGUUGUUGCAUGUCGUUAUGCAAGCCAUACUGUAAUGUGGAUCCAACCAAUCAGGUCCUUUUGGUCCUCCCACUGUGCUGCCUUAGAAAAGCAUUUUUGACACGGUCAUGUAUUGGUGAAGAUGUUCUAGAUUUUUUUUUCUCAUUGCUGAGAAAGCAUUUUCUGAAAUUACAGGAUCAAGCUAUAUGAAUACAGCAGAUUAAUAUAUAAACGUAUUUAUUAUAUUCCAUUUCUUUUCUGAAUGACAAUGAAUGGUUUUCCAGCCAUUCUGAAGCAUUUUGAAUCAUGGAGAGUAAUGUCUUUCAGCCCUAGAAUAAAGGGUUCUAGAUGAGCAUGUGCAAUAAGAGCUAUACACUGCACCAGCUUCAACUGACACUGAAAGUUCACCAUGACAGCACAAGGAAUAAGACCAUCAGUGCAAUAUUUGUGCAAUACUACUGACUGAGCUCAGUCACCAUUAUCAUAUACACAGUUUUGGCAGCGUAGCAUGUGGAGGUAAAGAAAGGAAACACUAUGUUUCUUCAACAGGGAUCACCAGUCCUGCCAAAGUUUGAAGUCCUCAUCGCCUUGUCAUAUUAUUGACAUGUUGUUGGCUCGGAACAGAGUCCUCAUUGGCCCAUUGACUUUGUGUCACUUGACACCCUAGUGUUGGUGCCUUUUGGCUAUCUUUAAAGAGCAAGUUGGGGGGUGGGGGGUGGGGGUUAAUGAUUUGGUGUUUGGUCCAGUCAUGUUUUUAAUUUUUGAACAUUAGGUCAUUCAUAAGUUAGAAGUGUAUAUAAAAUGGACCAAACAUUACUGGGUCAUUUAAGCUAUAGGUUUUACAUGCAACUGCAAACCCUAAAAUAAGUGCUCUCAUGAGCAGAAAUAUAACCCCUGCUGCAAAAACACCUACAUCCUAAGUCUUCGAUGUCUUCCCGGUUCUUGAAAUUAUUCUACUUGACUAAGAUUUGUGUAACAUUCCCUUGCAGUUGCAAUAGAUGUUAGAUGUGCUCCGUACUUAUUAAAAAGUCAAACUUUGGCAGGGUAGUGGGAAAUACCUCUUUAUUGUACUUUUCAGUAACACUGUCACAUGCAGAGGUGUUUCUGAGCUGUGUUUGCUGUAUAUGACCUGCUUUCUGUUACAUUCAUCUUCUCUUUGUGUGCUCAGUAUGUAUCUCGUUUGCUAUACAUGCAGUUGGAAAGUUGUGCAUUAGCCUAUAGCUCUGCUCUUUUUCUGUUGUUGGGGUCAUAGAAUACACGUAAGCCUAUAUUUUAGCUUUUCAAGUGCCAUGUUUUCUGCCCGGUGUCAUGUCUGAGUUUAAUUUGUUAAAGCUAAUGCCGUUUUACUAACUUUACGUAUUGAAGUCCACAUGCAAACUAACCAAGGAGUAGUGGGUGGUUCGAUUUUCUUGCUUUGAAACAGCUUGAGAGUAGUCUGGUAGUGUAACAAUGUAGCGCCAUCUAUCUUAGACGAUCAGAUGUUUAAAUCUGGCAAUAUGGCCUUGUUUGUGCUACUGUACAACUUGUUCAGUGUCCUUGAGCUUUGCCCAGUUCUGGAAUGCAACCCCAAGUCAAGCAUACAUUUGGAACUGUAGAUUCAAUAAGGAAACAGUAAGGGGGAAACCAAAGAGUGAAAACAUUAUAUGCAAAAUCUACAUGUUUGAAAUAACGUUGGCUCCUUUCUUCAGAGGGCAGCAGUGGAUCACAUUUUGCUAGAUGUGGGCCUUGUAUCAUAUGUAUAUAGUGACUGGAGAGUGCUUUGAUACAGAAGCUGUUUGUGUAGCUGAUUGUGUGAGAAGAUGGACUGUUUCCAUGUAUGCUGUCACAGACCCCAUGGGCUCUGUCUCUGAACCUGACAAUGUGUGUGUUGUGCAGAAUAAAGGGUGUCCUCAAAGACUUCGCUUAAAAAAGGAAUUAAAUAAA